GAAAUUUUACACAGAGUGCGUCACCAGAGCAAAACCGUACAGCAUCACUUGUACAGGAAACAGUAACUACCUAGCUGUGCGAUAUCAAACACACCACAACAUCCUUCCCAUAGAAAAAGAACAUACCACAAAGCACAAUGGCCUCCCAAACCCCGAACCUCAAAGUCCACCACCUCCGCAACGGCCAAGGCGAGCGCAUCCCCUUCCUCCUAGAAGAGCUCUCCCUCCCCUACACCCUCGUCCCCUACACACGCUCCCCGCUCCUCGCACCCCCCGAACUGAAAUCCCUGCAUCCCAUGGGCGCAUCCCCCGUCCUCGAGGACCUCACGAACCCCUCUGCACCACUCAAGCUCGCCGAGUCGGGCGCGAUCGUCGAGUACCUUAUCAACGUGCACGGGGGCGGGAAGCUCGCGCUGGGCCCGGCGCACAAGGACUACGCGGACUAUUUGUACUGGUUCCACUUCUCGAACGCGAACCUGCAGCCUGGGGUGUUUCGACGGGCGUUGGUGAGGGGGCUGGCGGGCGAGGAGGACGCGAGGUUUGCGGCGUAUGAUGCGAGGUUGAAGGGCACGUUGUCGUUUGUGGAUGAGAGGUUGAGGGGGAGUAAGUGGUUGGCGGGCGAGGAGUUUACUGCCGCGGAUGUGAUGAGUAUGUGGUGUUUUACGACAAUGAGGACGUUUGAGCCGUUUGAUUUGACGGGGUAUGAGGGUAUUUUGAGGUGGAUGCGCGAGGUGGCGGAGAGGCCAGCGUAUAGGCGGGCAAUGGAGAAGGGGGACCCGGAGUUGGUGGUUGAGGAGUUGAUCAGUGCGAAGGGGCCGCAGUUGUUUAGGGAUGGGAUGUUCAGCAAGGCGAUGCAGGCGCCGCCGAAGAAGUGAGUAAGCAAGCCUGUCAAUGAUGCCCUGGGGAAGUUGGGAGCGCAAUGCUGAAGAUGAAGUAGGCAGAAGCUAUGAAAUGACGACGACGACGAUGUAUUCGAAAAAAGAUGCUAAGCUCCAUUCCUGUCUCUGUACGCAACCCAGGUCUACGCUAUACGGGUAUAUAAAUUUCCUCCCUUC